CGAACCGAGCGGAACCAUGCCGGGCAGUUGGUGGCGCGCUGCCGCGGUGAGCCACGGCCUGACGGCCCUGUUCGCCAUGGGCUCCUGGGUUUCCGUCAACAGCCUGUGGGUGGAGCUGCCGGUGGUGGUGAGAGAGCUGCCCGAAGGCUGGAACCUUCCUGCGUACCUCUCGGUGCUCAUCGCCUUUGGAAAUCUGGGUCCCAUCGCGGUGACGGUGGCGCACCACUUCGCUCCGGGUCGCCUGAACGAACGCGUGGCCAUUCACUGCAUCCAGGCGCUGGCGGUGGUGGCGUCGGGGUUCCUGGCCCUUUUCUGGUCCCGCCAGGUGCCGAUCGCAGGAGCGGAGCGGUCGCUCCCCUUCCUGCUGCUCAGCUUCGUCCUGGCUCUGGUCUGCUGCACUUCCACCGUCACCUUCCUGCCGUUCAUGUUCCGCUAUCCUCCAGAGUACAUCCGCACAUUCUUCAUCGGCCAGGGCUUCAGCGCCUUGUUCCCCUGCGUGGUGGCUUUGGGCCAGGGCGUCGGCAAGCUGGAGUGUAAAACCGAGAACGACACAGUGAAGCCAGAGUACCUGGAGGAGAGCUUUCCUGCCCAAAACUUCUUCUGGUUCCUGUUUGUGAUGCUCACCAUCUCGGCCUUGAGCUUCAUGGCUUUGACACAAAGACGGGCCGAGUCCCAGCAGGAGAGGCCACCCCAAGAGUCCGACGGCGCCGAAGCGGCAAAGAGCGGAGAGGAGACGCUCCGGCUGUACAACGGAGGAACGGCGGCGCCAGAGGACCCGGUCGGCCCGGAGCCGCCCGCUCCCCGGUUCUGGACGGGACGAAACGUCUACCUGCUGGCGCUGCUCGCCGCCUCCAACGCCCUCACCAACGGAGUGCUCCCGUCCGUCCAGAGCUUCUCCUGUCUGCCCUACAACAACAUGACCUUUCACCUCUCUGUGGUCCUCGGCAACAUCGCCAACCCCCUGGCUUGCUUCCUGGCCAUGUUCGUGGUGCUGAGGUCCCCUGUAGGCCUGGGCCUGGUGUCGCUGGCGGCGGGCAUGUUUGCUGCAUACCUGCUGGCGCUGGCGGCGCUCAGCCCCUGUCCGCCGCUGCAGGCCAGCCUCGCUGGGAAAGCCUUGGUGGUGGGCUCCUGGAUCCUGUUCACCGGCCUGUUCUCCUACCUGAAGGCGUCGGUCGGCACGCUGCUGCACGGCGCCGGGCGCGGCGCGCUGCUAUGGGCCGGCUUGGCCAUCCAGGCCGGCUCCCUGCUGGGCGCGCUCGCCAUGUUCCCCCUGGUCAACGUCUACCAGCUGUUCGCCCGCGCCCACGACUGCGUGGACGUCUGCAGCAACAGGACUGCAGCUCCUCCAGCAGGGGGCGCAGCUGUUCCUGAGCUCCGGACGUUUCUGGACUGACGGCAGCAGGAAGCUCUUCGUCGUCUCUGACUCUUCCUCAGGAGGAAGGCCGCAUGCUAAUGACCUUCCACUUUUCUUUCUGUUGAAACAUUUUACUGAAAGUUUUUUUGAUGUUUUGGGAUUUUUUUCCCCGUUUUGGGAAUGAGAUCUGAUUCCCAGCUGUUUGGGACCAAAACUCACUUCCUGUUUCUGUGAUCUGCUGACAGACAGAAGUAGCCGAUGCCAGAUGCUCACACUGAGGCUUGACCUUAGGGCUGCCACCUUUCAGAAAUCCAAAUAAGGGACGCCCCCUCACGGCGUGUCGCCCGACUCUCAUGGGGUGGGACGUCCGCUGCAGUGAUGGAUAAUAUUUCAUGGCAAUGUUUUUGUUUUUAAAAAGUGAUCCAGAGAGCAACCGUUCAUACAUAGAGUACUCCAAAACUGUUCUCCAGUCAGAGCAUAUCUUAAACAUGUUUAAUUAAGCAAGUGUAAAAUGUAAACGGCUCAAGUACUGAGCGACUGAUCAUAACACCUGAUUUAAUAUUCAAAAUGUGUCCUCAGACAGCCAAAAGUACAAGUUAUGUGAAAAUUCUAGUAUUGUAAAGAAUAUUAAUAAAAUAUUUAUACAUAUAAGGAGAUAGAUUUGGAGGCUGGUUCUAGGACAAAUUUACCACUAGGGGUAGUCGGUGCUUUUUCAUGGGGACACUUAAAAAAAUGAAACAAAAAAACAGAGCAAUAUUUCAUCAUUUGAUAUAUGAAGUGAGCCAAAAAGCCACUUGUGUCUCCAGAGAUCCAGGCUGCAGAUCCCUGGCAGAUGGAAAGUCUGAUUCUACACAGCAGCUAAAGGUGCAGCACUAUAAUUUUUAAUUCAAUGUUAAAGUAAAAUUGUGAAGGUUAAAAAAUCCACCACUGAGCAUUAACAAAAGACAUUUAUUUAGCAUAAUUUCUUCUGUACCCCGUUGGCCCCCAUCUAGAUCCGCCCCUGGGCUUCAGGUCUGUGUCUGACAUUAAUUAUACAGUAAAUGACCACUGAACACUGAAUUCAUAAAAGAUGUCAACAUUUCUUAAUAAAACAAACAGAAAGCUCUAACAAACCUUUUAAAAGUAGGAAAUAUUUAUGUAUUCACUGUUAAUCUCUCGGUAUGAUUUGUUCUCUAAAUCACCAUUUGUAUUAUGAUACAUUAAAUAAGCAAAUAAUCAACUCCUAACAGUCGACUAAAAGCACAAUAAGAAGCUGAAUAAUAAAAUGUUCU